CCCCCUCCCUUACUCUUUCACCACUCGUCCCCCCCCCUCUCUCCCUCCAUCGUCACGUCCCUUCACCAUGGUCAGCUACGAGAAGAUCAUCUCCGACAUCCAGAAGCAGCUGGACAAGUCAGAGAUGCUGGAUAAGAUCUCCAAGAAGACCGGUCUGCAGAAGAUCCACCUCUUUGGCGCCGGCGUUGCGCUGAUUCUCCUGUCCCUGCUGACCUCCCUGGCUGGCCUGGUCACCAGCCUGGUGGGUUUUGUCUACCCGGCGUAUGCCUCCUUCAAGGCCAUCGAGUCUAAGGAGACCGAGGAUGACAAGCUGUGGCUGACCUAUUGGGUUGUCUACGCUUUCUUCUCCACCAUCGAGUACUUCAUCUCCUUCAUCCUGCUCCUCUUCCCUGGCUACUUUUUCAUCAAGCUCGUCUUCCUUGUCUACCUCUUCUCCCCCUGGACUCAUGGCUCCGUCAUGAUCUAUGACAAGAUCUUGUCGCCCUUCCUCCGCAAGCAUGAGCACCGCGUCGAUGCCGCUCUCAACCAGGCCGCUGCUACCGCUAAGUCCACCGCCGUCAAGACUACUCAGUAUGUUGCCAGCGCCACCAUCGCCGCCACUGCGGAGGAGUAGGUUGCUGGUUCGACCGCUUGUUGUCUUUUCACGCUUGACCGAAGCGACCAAUGGCGGCACUCCUCUCGCCUCCGUAUGUUUUUUUUUGCCCCCUCUCCCCCCAGCCAAAUAAAUCCAAUCUCCUGGA